AUGGCCUCCGAACCGUCCGAAGAAGCCAUCGCUGAGUUUAUCAGCUUUACCAGCACCACGCGCCCACAGGCGGUCAACUUUUUGAAGGCCCACAACGGUGACUCGCAAAAAGCUAUCAAUGCAUACUACGAAGAUCCAUCCGGACCUCACCCGGCAGGUACUUCAAGCUGGCCAAAUGAAAGCAACCUGACUCCCUAUUCUGCAGCGUUUGGAUUCGGCGACCAAGAACACGGGCCGCGAUUGCCUGCCACGGCUCCUCCCUCCCGUCCACCGUCUAGAGUGAACAUGCAUGAUGCAACCAAGGGUGAUAGGAAUGAUGGAGGAGCUGCGAACAAUACUUCGGGGAACUCAGCCACGACCGGGACCGGACAAGGACUGAGCUUAGCAGAGCGCGAGGAACAAGAAUUGCAGCAGGCAGUGGCUAUGUCCCUGGAUCCAGGCAUGGGAACGCAGGAGACUGGAGUGACGGCAGCGGCCUCGGAUAGCUCGGCUCACUUUGGAAAAGCCACGCGUGAUCACUAUGAAGAAAAUGCAUGGGCUAUGACUCUGUUCAAUGAGACAUCUCAAGAAGUCAUCACCACUCCGGACCCCGACGAUCGCAAAAAAUUAGAUGACGAGCCAGCAUUCAUACGUCCAAGCCAAGACAAUCUUUACAUUGGAGGGUUUCUCACCAUCCUCCACGAAAUUCCUCUGGCGCGAGAGGCAUUGCUUUUGAGGAACAAGCUUCUCUUCGACUAUGGGCAUGACCCGCAAUGGUGGAAUGGGCAGCCAAUCAACCUACCAAAGAUCGUGACCGUCCAUGAAGGCAGAGAGGACAGUGAUUGGGAAGACCCAAUUCAUGAGACCCAGCGGUUGAUGGCUUUCCUAGAUUCUACAGAGCGCGCUUUCGGGAGUAGUGAUGCCCUUGCUGGUCUCAAACAAAUGAACUGGUUCUCUUCCGACUCCGAAGAGAUAGUCGCACGAUUUCUCGAGACAUGGCAUGCUGCCGCAGUUCGAGCAGACCCUGAUAACCCAUUAGUCACAUCUUUCAUGUCACAGGCCUAUAAGAAAUCCCCCUUUGAUGACGCUGACGAACCGAUCUCCAAGGAGCUUUUUGUCUUUGAGCCUGUCGUUGAGCAGGACCACGGACAAACGCUCUACGAUGUCUUGGACACGGCUAUUUGGAGUGACAAGCCCGGGGAAGAUCUCGAUGAUGUUUGGCUUGAGCAUGUUGGUGAUAUUCUAGUCAUGAAGCUUGAUUCAUUCGAGCAGGCGAAAUCAGUUAACGUGACGGUUCCUGCCGUGUUCUACCCCGAUCGUUAUCUGAGCACCUGCCAAGGCCUCGCGCGUGACAUGCGCACCAAAAAGCUCGAGGCCCAGGAAGCUGUUUCGAGAAUCGAACAACAAAUCCAGCAUUACACUACCCCUCCGAACCCUUUUGUCAAUCUCACGAGAAAGGAGAUCCUUGAAAAGGCUGCUACUGCGGUACCUGUAGCCCUAAAGACAGCCAUGGAUGGAAAAUCGGACAAGUUGACACCCGAGGUGGCAAGGAAGAGGGCAGAGCAGAUCCCGCAACAAUUGCAAGCGCUCGCCGCGAAGAUAGAGGAGAAGCUGAGGGGGCUCGAGGCUCAAAAGCAGAAGGCAUUAGAAACCAUGCAUAGCUAUUCCAGGAUGCUUACAGAACCAUCGGAGUCUGCAGAAGAGCCUCCUUCGCACAGAUACUCACUACGAGGCGUCUGCACUGAACCACACGUCACUUAUGUUUUGAAACGUCGUGAGGCUAAAGGCCAGGUAGAUGCCAUGGAUGUUGAUGGCGAGAAAGAUGGCUUCCAAUGGUGGCGAAUCAGCUUUUCUACCGAAGAUGGCAAGAUUCGACAAGAUGAGAAGAAAAAAGCUCAGGGUGACAAGGCAGCCACGCCAAAUGGCGACGUCAUGGGCUACACUGCUCGUAAAGUGCCGGAAACUGAAGUCCUUCGGGCAGCUCGCGAAGAUUCUAGAUCAGUCCUGCUGGUCUAUGCCAGUGCCGCUGCUCUGGAUGCCAAAGUAGAACCUGCACCUUCCCAACUUCAGGCUUUCGUGAAUAAAGACAACAAUGUAUUUGCGGACGAAUGUAGCCAAACUAUCACCAAUGCAGACAAAAAGAACGGGGAGCAGCAGACGCAGGCACCAUCCACCUCGCAGCAGGACCAGACCGUCAACGUCUUUGAUUACGAAGUGCGAGACUUUGAUGGCGAGAAACGCGCUGGGCAGGAAAUGAAAGAGAAAUCAGGAUCAAGUCCUUUAGCGGGUUCAGGAAAUGCGACCGAGCCAAUAUCUCAUGCCCUUGAUAAUGAACUGUGGAGGGCGGAGAGUGACGAAGAUAUGGCGGACCAUGUCGAGCAUGCAACUGCCAAUUGA